CGAGUCUAUUCUGUUCUGUAGCUGUGCGGUUUGUCGUAUUCUAAGACCAACAAAGAGGUGUUUUACUUAUCAGUUACACCGUAUGUUUGUAAAGAUUCUCGAGUGCAGCGAUAAGCGGCAUCCCAGCCCAGACGGUUUACUAUCAUGGUAUCCUGGUGUAGAGACGGCAAAAAUUUUGGGACUGUUUCCAACAUCCUCAAGAUCUCAUUAUAUCGUUGAUUCUGCAUUGAUGAAAGCUUUGGCUGAGAGAGGACACGAGGUUACCGUGGUUAGUCCAUUUCCGCAGUCCAAGCCUUUGAAAAACUAUCGUGAUGUAACAACAACUGAUAUCUGGCAAGCUUCUGAACCAUUCAUCUCAAAUAUUUUGAAUUUCAACCGCAAAAGCCCCUUCGCAAAUAUAAUGCGAAUUUACAACUUGGGACACGCGAUUGUUAAUUCUACCCUAAAUGAUCCUGCGGUAGUUAAACUCAUUGAUUCCAAAGAACAUUUCGACCUUGUCAUACUGGAAAUAUUCAUGACGGACGCAAUGCUUGGUUUUGCUCACCACUUCAAAGCACCGUGCAUAGGCAUAUCAACGUUCGGGGCCUCUAAGUGGACAAAUGAUUUGGUCGGAACACCCGCUCCCCCGUCGUUCGUUCCAAAUCCUUUUCUCAGUUUCACCGAUCACAUGAGCUUUGGCGAGCGUAUGAUCAAUACUGUCAUGAGUGCGGCGGAAGUGCUGAUUGAGCGCGUUCUGGAUUAUCCAGCGCAAAAUGAAAUGUACGAAAAUUCUUUCCCUGACCCAAAGCCAUCCCUACAGGAGCUUAAAAAAUCGGCGGUUUCCCUGGUUCUGUUGAACAACCAUUUCUCGUUGAGUUACCCGAGGCCUUAUGCCACUGGAAUGAUCGAAGUUGGGGGUAUGCACAUCAACCGGAGUCCGAAACCUCUGCCAGACGAUAUUCAAAGGUUCAUGGACAAUGCGACUGAUGGUAUAAUCUACUUUUCGAUGGGUUCCAAUAUCAAGAGCAAAGAUUUGCCUCCCGAAAAGAGACAAGCUUUCUUGAAUGUAUUUUCAAAGUUGAAACAAAAAGUGUUGUGGAAAUGGGAAGAUGACAAACUACCAUCGAAACCGGAUAACGUUCGAAUACAAAGUUGGUGGCCUCAAGAUGACAUCCUUGCGCAUCCCAACGUACGGUUAUUCAUAACGCACGGGGGUCUUCUGAGUACCACCGAAUCUCUUUACCAUGGAGUACCAGUUAUCGGCAUACCGGUUUUCGGUGAUCAACACUUGAACAUGGCUAAAGCGGAACGUGGUGGUUAUGGAUUGUCGGUAGCUUAUCAAGCCAUUUCGGAAGAACGGCUGUCUACGGCAAUUGACGCCAUCCUCAAUGAUUCGACGUUCAAGCAAAACGCACAAGCCAUAUCCCAACGAUAUCGGGAUCAACCACAGAGUCCACUGGAAUUAGCCGUCUUCUGGGUCGAAUACAUCAUUCGUCAUAAAGGAGCGCCACACAUACGAACUGCUGCGAUGGACCUUAAUUUUGUGCAGUAUCAUAACUUGGACAUCAUAGCAACUCUCAUCGUUGCACCUAUUUUGAUAAUCUAUUUAUUAAGUCGUUUGAUAUGCCGUAAAAGAGCUCCCAAAAAUAUUCGUAAGAAUGAUCGGAAAAAGCGUAAUUAAAUAUCAAGUCAUAAAUUCGAUUCCGUAAAUCAGACGAGUUGAUGUAUGCCAAUUAAAUAUACUAAUAUUGAAGUGUAAUUUCUGGUUGUCCUUUAAAGGUAGUGUACGAGUAAUUUCAAAAUUAAUCAAUAAAUGAUGUAAGACUUAUACUCACUUAAAACUUAAUAGAGGUGAUGUUGCAAGCAGGUAGUUUUAAAAAAUGGAUUUCGAUAAUAAGACGGUAUAA